CGGGAAUACGGAUAGAAAUGACUUAUGAAAACGACGCACUUGACGACACAUGAUUUCCUGGUUGAGAAAUGAAAGUUAAAAUCCGCAUGCUUAUUCAAAAAGAGUGAAUCAUUUGAAUUCACAGUUUAACAUUAGAGUAAAGUGCUGAUAUUUUCCUUAUUUUAUGGUCGCGAAUGAAUGUUUUUUUUCGACAGCGUGCUCACUGACUGCUACCGUAUGUAAGUUAGUCUGUGGCAGGUUUUGUGUAAUACUGGUAUUGUUUUGAUUACCCUGACAACUUGAAGAGCACCAUCGAUAGUGAAAAAAGAUGGCAAACUCGCCAUUACCAGAGGUGUUUACUGAGGUGAUUUUUCAGAUCGAUCCCUCAUUUAGAAAUGCACUUAAAGGCAAGAAUGUUAAAGUUGCAGAUAAGGAUGGGUGCCUUUUUGUCAGUGGCACAUUCAAAGAAGUGGACGAUGCUUUGAAGUGUGUAUUUGGGCAAACGCCAUAUAAUAGACAUAGUGUUCAUUCAGAAGAGGAGAAGAAUAUCAGAAGCUACACCUCUGCAGGUCUGGGAUCAGCUCAAAGUCGGACCUCACCACUGGUUGAACCUGUUGAGGUUGAUGAAAUUGUCAUGCAGUACAUAAAAGAAAAAAAAUCUGAGGCAUUUAAAAGAAUUGUAGGGAAUAAUGUCACCAUUACACAUAACAAAGGACAUGUGGCCUUUUCGUCUAUGACCGGAGACGGCAUUCUUGCUCAACUUGCACGAGAACAGUUCAUAACAUUAUAUCAGAAAACCGCAACAGGGCUACAAACCCGCACAUACAACUUCGAUCCAAGAGUUAUAAGUCGUUUAAAUGCAGAAUUCCCAGAAAUCCUCAUUGAAACCAGUAGAGAUCAAACAAGACUUAUACUGACUGGAAGCUUCAUUAGCCUUGAAACAUUUGAGACAUAUUUGUAUGCUCAAGGGUCUUCACGGAACCAAACCCAAAAUACGACACAAGACUACGGUACACCUAACAUGCAAGAAAAAAAAAUAGCCGAAGCCAAAGAGGAGACAUGCCCCAUUUGUCUGGAAACAAUCAGAAAGGCAGACUGUGAAAUGUUGCCUAGAUGCAAGCACUGCUUUUGCAAAGACUGUUUGAAAAGUGCUUUCCAGGUAAAACCCGCUUGUCCAAUUUGUGGAGAGAUAUAUGGCAGUCUUACGGGUACACAACCAAAAGAAGGGACUAUGAAUUACUCUAAAGAUGAUUCAUCUUUACCUGGAUAUGAGAAGUAUGGAACAAUCACAAUUAAGUACUACAUACCAAAUGGAGUUCAGGGGAAAGAGCACCCAAACCCAGGCCAGAGUUACCAUGGAGCAUCCCGCACAGCUUACCUCCCUGAUUCGACAGAGGGGAGGAAAGUACUGAAGCUUCUGGAGAGGGCAUUUAAUCAGCGACUCACUUUCACCGUUGGUCGCUCUUCUACCACCGGAAUAAAUAAUGUAGUGACCUGGAACGACAUUCACCAUAAAACCUCUCGUUCUGGGGGGCCAACAAAUUAUGGUUACCCAGAUCCUGAAUACCUGAAACGAGUACAAGAUGAAUUGAAAGCAAAAGGGAUUUAUUGAUUGUGUGUGGUUUUAUUUUAUACAUUAAAGUAAGUAUCCAGUAGUAUUUGAUAUGCAAUAGACACUAAGCUCAUUACAGUCCAGUGGGAAAAUGUAUUUACAUUUAAAUUAAAUAGUAAAAUAUAAAGUAAUAUAAAAGCAAUAGUAAAAGUGUGUUAUAUUAGACUUUGAUUGCCAUCUGUAUGAUCAUAGAACAGUACACAAUAAACUCAGAAUUUAUGGUUAUAUGAAUGUAUAUACAUUUGGUUUGAUUUGUUUCUAACAUUUCUAAAUCUCAUGGACCAAUAUGUAAACAAUUAAGGGAAACUGAAUUUGUAAAGUAUUGUAAAUAAUUUCAUUUUUGUUGUAGUUACAGUACAGUACAGUACAGUACUUUUUUCCUUUUUUUCUAGACACUACUGUUGCGUUUGUAAAAUUGUGACAUUAGGUUGAAUCAAGUAAUUUUGAAAAUGCUUUUACUAUUCUUAUGCAGUAUCAUUAAUUUAAUUUAAUAUAAUUAAAUAAAGUGUCAUGUUUACAAAUAUGAUACAGAUUGAACACAAACACUGUACAAUUAUAAUGACGAAGUGGAAAUUGUUGUAGUCACUAUCAAACAAACAUUUUAUAAGCGCUGAUAAAAACAAGGUGAUACAUAUCUCACAAAAUGAAUCAAAUAUUAAUUUGCAACAAAAUGAUUAGCUUAUAUUUCUGCUUAGUGAUAUGAAACACUAAGCAGACCACAAACACAUCUACACUGAAAUUUAGUUAGUAGCAAUGGACAAUAAUAUAAUUCCGAAAAAAUGUAUCCCUGAGUAUUGUGAUUAUUAAUGAUCACUGCCGUAAAUUUUGGCAAAUCUGCAUACGUUAACAUUUUUGCAUUGGUUUUAAAUAAUUUCAACUAGAAAGAGAAAGGACAAAAGUGUAUGGAUUAGACAAAUUUGGAUUUAAUGAACAUAAACGGGUACAUAAGCUGCUAGUUCCACAACUUGUAAAAAGACAAAAAGCUUGAUCAGUUGGCAAAAUAAAGAAAAAGUAAAAACAUACUACAGAAAAUAUUUGGCCUCCGUGUCAUAGUGGCAUUAUUUACACUAUGUACAGUAUUUUGAUAUAUGACUGUAUUGUCAUAUAUUUGCCAUUAAAUCUAUAUUGAUAAGGCACCAAAUGCUAAGUAGCAUGAUUUUUUCAUCAAAUUGUGUGGAAAAUGUACAAAACAAUUCAAACAAAUCACAUAUGAACAUUGUUUAUCACGAUUAUGGUAAAGUAAAAAAUUGUCAAGUAAGCUGUUGAUAUACAGUUAUAAGUGUGCAUAUAUUUAUGUUAGAACCCCAAUGUUUAGAUAUUUAAAUAUUUUAUAAUAAUAAUUUGCUAACCUUGGUAACUUAAGUAGUAACCUUGGAACAAUUAUAAUAAUUGUGUUUUUGAUUUUAAAGACGAAUACUAAAUGUGAUAAAUCUGUGAUCAAUUUACAUCCUUUAUUGUAAUGACAAACUUGACAAUGCUUUAUUACUUUGACUUUUUAAAUUUAUUUCAAUUAUUUACCAGAAAACAAAAUGUUUCUCUGCGCACAAAAUAACCAAUACCACAUAUUAAAUGUGCCUUUUGUUUAAUAAAACCCAUAAUUCUGCCCACAAAUGAAACGUGAGAAAAUGUUUGUGGUGCUACAUUUUGACAUGUAAAAGUUGCAUUUCCUUUUCAGUUUAAAGAAUUUGCAACCAAAUUUUAUAUAGAAAUUCUUUAUACCUUCAUUCAUUCUUAUAGAGAUUUUUUAGUGAACUCAACAAUUUAAUUUAUGUUUGGAAAGUAAAGUGAACAACCAUAGAGGUUUCUAAACAUCACUAUAAAAUUGAACAGAGUACUCACACAUUUGGACCUUUCCGUUAAUACAUUACAAUGUAUAAACAACAAGCAGCAAACACUUAUUCUGCCUUAAAAUCACCUUACAAAAAAGAUUUAUAUUGAAAUACUCAAAGAUAUUUUACAGUUGGGUGCCGACUUUUUCCCUUUAUAAAAAAUUCUCUAACCAUACCAAAGAAAAACAAAUUGUUUAAAAAUGUAAAUCAGCAUGCAUCAUAUUUUUAGUUGUUGCUGCCAAAUAUAUUGACUGUUUGUUUGUUUUUCGAUUUUUAUCUUGCUCUUUUUUCUUAAUUAAUAUAUUCACUCCUCAAUAAAAACGAAAUGUUACAGUGAUAUUUUUAAUAAAUAAUACUCGAUGAAGUGGUAGGUUUUUGAUUCAUCUGGACAAGUUCUAAACCGACACCUUUAGAAAUUGUAAACUGACAGCUACUUUUAAGCAGCUGGGCAUGUUAGAUGUAACCACCUGUCAUCAGCUCUAAAUACAAUGUCUUCAACAUCAGGAGUUGCUUGCUUGUGUUCAGCAC